AAAGAUGAACUCAUGGCAGAAACAGGAUUAGAUGCAUAUCGAUUCUCUAUCUCAUGGUCAAGGCUAAUACCGGAUGGCAGAGGACGUGUUAAUCCCAAGGGUUUGGAAUACUACAACAAUCUCAUCAAUGAGCUCAUCAACCGCGGGAUCAAACCACAUGUUACGUUAAUGCACUUAGAUACACCACAAGCGUUGGAGGAAGAAUAUGGAGGUUUUAUCAAUGCGAGGAUUAUAGAAGAUUUCACCGCAUAUGAUAAUGUUUGCUUUAGAGAAUUUGGGGACAGAGUUCUGAAUUGGACAACUAUCAAUGAGGCCAAUGUAUUUGUUUUAGGGGGUUAUGAUAAUGGUGUGUCACCUCCUGGUAGAUGUUCUAACCCUUUUGGACUUUAUUGCACGAAAGGAGACUCGACAACUGAGCCAUAUCUUGCUGCUCAUAACAUAUUGCUUGCUCAUGCAUCAGCUGUUUCACUCUACAAGGAGAAGUAUCAGGCCAAACAACUCGGUCAAAUAGGGUUCAGUUUUUAUACCUACCACUAUAUUCCUUCAACAGAUUCGACUGAAGAUGUGAUUGCAACACAGAGAGCACGUGAAUUUUCUGUUGGCUGUGUAUUUAUCGAUUAUAAUUAUACAAGUGAUUCACCAACUGAAGUGACUACGUUCCCAAAUAUACCAUGGGCUUUGGAAGGACUUUUGGAAUAUUUCAAGGAUGUUUACAACAAUCCUCCGAUUUAUAUAUAUGAAAAUGGUCAAGUGACAGAGCAUCGUACCACAGUAUAUGAUUUAUCAAGAGUAGAGUAUUUGCAAACUCAUAUUGGAGGUGUGCUUGAUGCAGUGAGAAACGGAUCAAAUACAAAAGGGUACUUUGUUUGGUCAUUUGUGGAUCUAUUUGAGGUAUUAUAUGGCUACAAAUACAGCUUCGGUCUGUACUACGUUGAUUUUCAUGAUCCAAAACGGACCACGUAUGCUAAGCUGUCUCAGAGAUGGUACUCAGCAUUCUUGAACGGGAAAAAUGUAACUGUAAAUGAUGAAGGCAACCAACCACGAAAAAGGUCCACCAUCCUUGGGACUACUCUAGAUUCGGAUGAUAGGUUAUCGAGUUAUUAA